AUGUCAGCAACUAAUACCAUCCAAAGUUUAAAUAUCGUUGUCCUUGGAGCCCCUGGAGUUGGGAAGAGUUGCAUCAUCUCCCAGUUCCUCCACCACAAGUUCCUUGAAAGCAGUGGCUUCACCAUCGAGCUGGAACAACAGUCGACUGUUCUUGCUGACAAAAAGCGACAAAUCUCCCUGGACAUCGUGGACACUCCAGGGGGGUAUUGCUUCCAGGAAAGAAGACGGAUGGCAAUAGCCGCAGGAGAUGCAUUUAUUCUUGUUUUCUCCCUGGACAAGGAAUGCUCCUUUGAAACAGUGGCCAUGCUGAGAGAUGAAAUUGUUCGCAUCAAAAAGACGACAAAAGUUCCCAUUCUCUUGGUAGGGAACAAGAGUGACAUAGAUGAUGAAAAGAGAAUUACCUCAUGUAAAGGAGCAAAACUGUUUGCCAAGAAAGAGUGGAAAACCAAGUAUGUCGAGGCUUGCGCCAUGGACCACAACAGUGUCACAGAGGUGUUUAGGAAAGUCCUGAAACUUGCCAAGGUAAAGGUCCAACUGAGUUCCCAUGCCUACGAUUUAGUACAGUUCCCAAAAGGAGCCAGAUGGCUGACGUCCUCUUUAGGAACGUGUUCUGCGCCAAUAUAA